AUGGUCCAGUCCUUGGAGUUGACGCCUCCACCUUUGCCUCCACGGCCACCAUUAUCACAAGCGGGAUCUCUCCGGCUGUCCCGCAAAGCAUCGAGGCCGCAACUACUGUCCACUCCCACGACAGCAGUCUCGCUCGCGCAGGGACAUAUGCAAACGCACUCCGAUUCGUUGGACUACCUUGGCUCGCCAGUCAGCAAGGGCGCAUCUCGAAGACCAAGUUUUGCGCAUCUUGGCCGCCUCAAAGGAAACGAUGGUGACGAUGGAGCCAGCAUCCGCAGUUAUCUACCGAACCUGGAAUCUCACUUCGAUAAUGAGAGCAUUCUGGGCGAUGUGCGCGGUCAGGAGCAUGUUCCGAGAUGGGAAGGCGGACCGGGAGAAGCCGGCCAGGACGAUGUAUUCCAGAGUCUCACCGCAGAGGACGAUGCACUCAGCGAGCAGAUUCUCCACGAAUUCGACGAGAUUGAUUCUGAGAAUCUCGAGGGCAAGGCUGAGGACGUGUUGCUCGCGGACUGGAAAGCCAAGCUCAAGCAUUUCUUCAUCUUGUCCGCAUCUGGCAAGCCAAUCUACAGCAGACACGGCGACGAUCAAUUGAUCAGCCACUACAUUGGUGUCGCCCAAACCCUGAUCUCAUUCCAUCAAAACUCCAAAGAUCCGCUCAGAGGGUUCACCGCUGGAGGGACUCGCUUCGUCAUGCUCCCAAAAGGUCCACUGAAUCUCAUCGCCAUCACCCGACUACCCGAGAGCGACGCGCAGCUACGGACACAACUGGAAUCGCUGUACAUGCAAAUCUUAUCCACCUUAACUCUUCCGAGCAUGGAACGGAUGUUCUCUAAUCGACCAUCCACAGAUCUCCGGCGAGGUCUAGAAGGCACAGAAGUCCUUCUCGAUGGUCUAGCCGAUGGCUUCACCCGGGGCUCUCCGUCCACCCUCCUCUCAGCUCUUGAAUGCCUCCGUCUCCGCAAAACGCACCGACGAGUCAUCAACGACACCCUUCUCAAAGUCAGAUCGCCCGACCUCCUCUACGGUCUCGUCGUCGCAGCAGGUCGCUUGGUCAGCGUAGUCCGUCCUAAGAAGCACUCGCUGCACCCAGGUGAUCUACAUCUCAUCUUCAACAUGUUGUUCGAAGCCGGGAGCGUCAAGGCCGGCGGUGGUGAAAACUGGAUCCCAGUCUGUCUGCCUGGAUUCAACAAUACCGGGUUCCUAUACAUGUACGUCAGCUUCUUCGACACCAAAGACAACAGCAGCAAAUCCAGCAGUGAAGACACCAGACCCUCCACCUCCACCGAGCCUUCCUCCCCAAUCACCAACGACCUCGCCGUCGUCCUCAUCUCCGCCAACAAAGAAGCCUUCUUCGCCCUCCGCAAAAUGCGCGACGACUUCCUCGCCGCCCUCUCCACAACACCCCUCCUCCCCAUCCUCCGAAGCGCCAUCCUCACCCCCUCCCACCCCAUCACCACCCUCCUCCCCAACACCCCUCUCCUCCACUUCCUCUACAAAUCCCGCGGAAACGUGCAAUUCAUCUCCCCAUCCUUCUCACCCCACUUCUCCUCCCCCGUCGCCCGCCGUCGCUUGAUGAGUCUCUACGCCACCAUGCACGACGCCCUCCACGCCAAAGGCGCGCAUGCGAAAGUUCUGCAUGUGGCGGGUCAGGAUGCUAAUGCGGUGGCGUGGGAGACGCCGGUGUUUGAGCUUUAUUGCGUUGCUGGGCCGGGGGUGGGAAGGGAGGGAUUGGUGGAUGGGGCGAAUCGGGUUGUGAGAUGGGUGAGGAGGGAGGAGGAGAGGUGUUUUAUUAUUGGAGGGGCGGUGUUUUAG